GUCGAAACCUUUCAGCUAUGGCAGUUAUGUUAUCUUCUCCCAUAGUCUCUCCACUAGGAAUCAACAUCGACAUGAAUAAGAAUCUGGGUGUCUCGUAUUCUUCUUUCCCAAAAAUUCACGCCUUCAGGGUUUGUAAUCCACUGUGUAUUCGGAAAUCCGUCGUCACCGUCGUCUCGAGCCGUAAAAAUUCAGGCAGUGGUUUGGCAAGCGAGGAUAAGAAGUUGUUGCUGGAACGAUAUGGUUAUGAUGCCAAUGAGUUUGCGUCUCAAUCUAAGAAGACGAGAAGAAAAGAAGAGGAAAGGAACAGCCAAAAACAGGAAGAGGUUAUUGUUCAGCCAAGAACAACUCAUAGGUUACUUCAGGUUCUUGCAGGAACUGCCAAGAGAAAGAAAUUGCUUUCUCUGAAGGGAAUGGAUGUGAGACCUAUGAUGGAAGUUGUUAAAGGAGCAGCUUUUGGAAUUCUUCAGGCUGCUGGUGGUUGUCCAACGUCUCUGCGUCCUGGUAGGUGGUUGGAUUUGUACAGUGGUACAGGAUCUGUUGGAAUUGAAGCAAUCAGCCGAGGAUGUUCUGAGGCACACUUUGUUGAGAUGGAUCCUUGGGUUGUUUCAAAUGUUCUACAACCAAACUUGGAACACACUGGAUUUGUUGAUGCUUCGGUUAUACACACUGCUCGAGUCGAAAACUUCUUGGAACGUGCAGAUAAAUUAGUAGGUAAGGAUGGAGCAUUUGACUAUAUCAGCGUUACACCACCGUACAUGGAGGUUGACUAUGAGGUUCUGAUGGAUCAGAUUUCUAAGUCAGCAGCAAUUGGAGAAAAUACAUUUAUUGUGGUUGAGUACCCUUCACGAACCACAAUGCUUGAUUCAUGCGGAUGCCUGGAAAAGAUGACUGAUCGAAGGUUUGGCCGGACACACCUGGCGAUAUAUGGACCGAAAUGGGCUCAAAAGCCAAGAAAAUCCUAAAGCCACAGUUAAUCUCAACGGUCACAUCUGACCAUUUUUUGGUUGAAGGGAAUGAACAGAGGCUGAAAUUGAAGAACUAGUUUGUUCCAAACUUUGAAUACUAGAGUGCUUUUGUCCAUCAAUCGCCAUUUUGUUUGUUACCGAGACCUAAGAUGGAAACAAGUUGCAGUCCUAAGAUAAUUCUAAAAUCGGUAAUGGUGUAUGUCGCCCUCUGUCUCUGUGAUGCAGAAAUAUAGUUGUACACAGUUUGAGAUAUGAUGUCAGUUAGAGUUUCUCUUUUUUCCAUUACAAAUGGAUUCUUUUGAAGCCCUUAAGGUCUCAGAGAGCCACUUGCUACACAUGAUUUCUAUAUGUAUGUAUCAUAUACAUCAAUAUUUAUUCUAAACAUUUCUCCUAAUUUAAAGAAAAC